GUCAACAAGAACAACAAACGGAAAAUGUCAUAAUCAGUAGAAGUUGAUCGAGCUGAUUUGAUCCAAAUGAAAGAUUAUUAGUUUGAAAAUUGUGCAAUAUCCAUAGUUAAAAUUAACCUGUAUUGCUGAAGAAAUUGUAGUGGUGCCCUUCUUUGUUACUUCACGUCCUGUCCCUAAAAAUUAAGUUAUAUGUUUGCUUUAUGUUCAUCUAUGGAGCAAUAGGAAAAUGAUUUCAAUUGAAUAUUUCAAUCUUACACUUGGGGGAUAAGCUAAAUUUCUAAAUUUUAUAUAUUUAUAAGUGUAACCAUUAACAAGAAACAUGACUACCAUAACUAUGGAAGAAUAUGAACUCAUGAAAGAAUCAAAGUAUCGUAUGUAUGUGGCAGCAGUAGACAAGGCAUUGAAAAACUUUGAAUAUACAUCCGAAUGGGCAGAUCUUAUUUCUGCCUUGGGGAAAUUAAAUAAGGUUCUAUCAACGUAUUUAAAGUAUCCAGUAAUACCUAGGCGAAUUAAGAUAAGUAAAAGACUGGCACAAUGUAUGCAUCCUGCUCUGCCCUCAGGGGUUCACUUGAAAGCUUUGGAAACCUAUGACAUUAUUUUUCGUACAAUGGGGACCAGUAGGUUAGCCCAGGAGUUGUUUAUUUAUAGUGCAGGUCUCUUUCCUCUCUUGGGCCACGCUGCGAUGAAUAUAAGGCCUCAACUGUUGAAAAUCUACGAGAACCACUUCGUACCACUGGGAGAAAGGAUGAGGCCCGCCCUGAGUGGUUUCCUCAGCGGGGUACUACCAGGCAUAGAGAGCGGAUCAGACCAUUUCGAAAGAACCAACGAUCUUUUGGAAAAAGUCUGCGAUGGCGUAGGUGCCUCAUACUUCUACACCUGCAUGUGGCAGUGUGUAGCAAACAACAGUCCUGUAAGGUUGUCGGCUAUAAGCUUUGUACUAGCGCAUUACAGCAAAAAGAUGCCUAUGGAAGACCAGUUGUACUUGAUGGGCCAUGACAUAGACCUUAUGGUUUGUGGCUUGUGUGCUGCAGUGCAGGACUCCAGUGUCUUGGUACAACGUUCUGCUUUGGAUCUGCUUAUGGUAUGUUUUCCAAUGAAUAAUAAGCAACUUCUCUAUGCCGAUAUGGUGAGACUUGUAACUGCAGCACUGUCAACUAUAUUGAGGAGAGAUAUGUCACUGAAUAGGAGGUUAUACUCUUGGCUUUUGGGAACAGAAUCACACAGUGUGCCUGCAAGUGCGUCAGACAGAGAGAUCGAUUUGACAGAUACCACAAACACGUCUGUCGCUUAUAACCUUCUGAACGACGCCAUAAGGGUCAUCUUGACAAACAGCAGUUCUAAACCACAGAUCGACAUCAAACCCUACAGGCUGUUAACCUCUCUUUUUGACAAACCUCAAAUAGGUCCAGUGAUUUUAGACAGUAUUUUAUAUGAUGUUUUCAGAGCUCUUUAUUUAUCUUGCCUGAAUUUACAAAAAAGCAAAAACGGUUCUGCCAGAUGUGUGUCGUUCAAUGGAGAUUUGAACAGUUUGAACAUAACUGAUGAUAGGCUAGUUAAUAAGCAGUUCAUCUCAAAGAAUUGUCAGGAAUUGGUUAAAAACGCUAAUUUGUUAUUUAAUACCUUACAAAGCUAUUACAUAUGGUCGUACGUUGAGAAACUGUUCAAACAGUGUGUAACGAAUAUAAAAAAUUACAAGAACAGAGAUAAAUGUCAAGUGAAUGAAAUUGGAUCGGGCGUACCACACAUAUUAGAGACAUGUAUUUUGACUGAAUUUCUUUUAGACAUAAUUCCAAUAGAAUCAUAUGGCGAAAGUAACGCCAAUAUACAACCUAAUUUAUUCAAUAACAUUAUAAUUAUUAUGAAGGAAAAUUUGGAUAGUUUGAAUUCCAUCGAAAUAAUCGAAAGUCUGAACUUGUGCAACAAAAUCUUAAGCAAAAUCCAACCAGUGACUGUAACAACUACAGAUAAAGUAACUGUUGCCAUUGGUGAUGAAGCUGUUGUUGAAAUUGAUAAAAAAUCGGAUUCUUCCGUAAAUAUCGAAUCAUCGCAAGAUGAGGGUGACCAACCAGUGAAAUCUCUAGAGAAAAGUAAAUCAGAUUCUAGGCUAAACGAGAAUAUGAAUAAUUCAGAACUACUUACGAUAGAGGAAACCAGAGAGAGAUCCAACAGUAAUCAAAUGCCGAAGAAAAAGGAAAAGUUUAGCCCGAAGAUUGAUAAAAAAUCCAAAAAUAAAAAGUCCAAGUCAAGUUCUAAAUUGUACGACAUGAAAAAAGAAGACUUAUGUGAAUCAGGUGAUGAGAAUUCGGAAACUCAGGAUAGUAUCAGAGAGAAAGAGGAAGAAGAAAAGAAAGAACCUCCCCCUCCUCCUUUAAAAGUGGCCACAGUUGAAAACAAAUCGUUUUUGAAAUGCCUGGAGGAGUACAAAAAAUUCUAUGUGGUUUUCGUUGAAGUUAAAGUGCUACCCGAUGUGAACAUCCAUAAGUUCUUCAAAUCCAUGGUUUGCGAUAAGAAUGAACGUAUCAAGAAAUUGCAAAAACUACUAGAGGAUUGUUUAAGUACGCAUACAGAAUUUGAACCAAUCAUUGUCAGAGACAUCUUGUCAAGAUGCAGUUUCUCAAACUCUCUGGCCACCACUCCUGAUUAUCCGAAUUCAGAGUAUGAGAAAGCUACUUCUAUAGCAUGUAAUAUUCUCUUGGAGUUCUCGGCAUUUCCUAAUUUGACCAGUCAUUCGAUUUCUGGUGAGAAGACUUUACCAUCCUGGUUGGAAGCUUUGAUUGCAGCUUCUUGCUGUAGGAAUUCAUCCAAAGAAAUACAACUGAGCGCCAUGAAUGCGAUGUUGGAGAUUUUUUCGCUUGCCAAAGCUCAGAAUCCAAGCAAAAAUGAUGAGAGUAGUAAUAAUGUCAUUAUUACUGGGAUCCUUAACAGGGAACAUGUCAAUUAUAUUGAGGAAAAUACUAUAGUCAUUGAGGAAAUGUCCCAAAUUUUGUGGCAGUUCCUGGGCCAAACUGACAAUCAGAAUCACACUAUAUUAUGUGUAACUCUACUAUACCAGAUACACAAUAUUUUUGAUGAUAAGCUUUUUGUUGAAAGAAUUAUUGGAAAGUACCUUUCAAGUGAAAACUUGACCUUGGAAUAUAUAAAACGCUUCUUCUUGGUCUGGCACCUUGGAAGAGAUUUAAAUAUAAAAUUACCAUUGAACAAACCCAACAUAAGAAAUUUUGACAGGUCACUGUUGAAAAUCUUGGACAAUCUGCAGAACUACGAAAAACUUAACCUAAAACUCCUGGCAGAAUCUUUCCUAUCCCACAGCCUUCUUCACAACGAUAUACCACGAAUUUUGAAUCCGCUUUUAACCAAACUUCUAUCUCCAAAUACUGCUAGGGUGGCAAUUAGACAUGUUAAUAUUCAGGACUCAGAUUGUCAGAGCGAAAUUAACGUUCAAGAUAAUGUCAAGGUGGAACACAACCAACCGAAGAUAGUCUAUGCAGUGAGUAAUGUAAAUGGUAAUAUAAUGUAUCACGUAACAACAGAUGGACCCAGUCCUAAACAACAAAAGAGCAAAUGGUUUAUGUUCUCCAAAAACAAUAAAAAGUUUCAACCGUCUGUAGUCAAUGUUACGACAAGUGUAACAGAGGAUUUAUCCAAUGUUGUCACAAAGAAAAACAAAGACUUUAGGGUACAACAGGUUUCUCCAAAAUUCGAUAAGAAUGGCAAAGGAAAUGUAAAACUUUUCAUCAAUCCUUUAAGUUCUAAAGAGAUAUAUCCUACAGGACUAAACGGAUCAUAUUCAAAGCUAGACCCUCACAAGUCCAUGAAUUCCUCCUCAGAAAGUUUAACCUCCAGUAACGAUUGUACCAGUCAUGAUUCUCCUAUUAAGAGCUUUCCAAACGAAAAAGAACCAACGACGAUGGAUUCAGGUUAUGAAUCAGUUGUGAAAAGUAAAACACAACCAGAUAUUAUAGGGAUGCUUUCGAAUGGACCAUCAAAGAAAAUACUUGAAAAAAUCGAACCAAUUGAAGAUGGUGUCAAAGAUAAAUUCGUAGAUCCAAAGCUACCGAAAUCCAGAAGUUUCGACGAGAAAAGUGCCAGUAUGGAGAAUGCUAGUGAACAGGGUAAUUCAUUGGUUCAUAGUUGGUCCUACUGCUUGUCGGAUUCUGAAAACUUACAUGCUGAGUUGGAGUUGAGCACUAGCGCAGAAGACUUUUUCAAAACCAGCGAUAAAACUGUUAUUGCAGAAAUAAUGUUGGAUUUAUUAGACAGAGUUUGUGAAAGGAUAGAUGGUGAUUCUGAAAUCACAGAUUCCAGUUCGACAACUACGAACAGGCAUUCAGAUACAGAAAUUAGACCAAAAAUUCAUCAUUCUUCGAAAAAUUUCGUUCUAUAUCCGAUCCAUUCACAUAUAUGCCUGUAUUAUGAAGUGUUCGACUCUAGUCAAGUUUUUUAUGCUCUUCAGACUCUAAAGAAUUGUAUUCUGAGUAAUCCACAGCUUUUUAUUAAAUGUCUGGCCACUAGCGGUUUGAAAAAUCUUCAGAACAACGAAGUCUUGUAUCUUUUAGCAAGGCAUCGUAAAUCAAUCCUGGGAUAUCAUUUCACUGGGGACUUGAAUCAGGAAUACGUGAAUUUCUAUAGAGGCUACAUGUUCUUAGACGUUAUAAUCUCCAUCUGUUUAAAUUAUGCAAGAACUUUCUACCCUUGUUUGGAUGAUGUACAUCUUACAAACGAAGAAAUGAACAUGAAUUUCAAGAUUCAGUUGGAGAGUUUAGAAAUCCUCGAUGUAAUUGUAAAGAAUUUAAUAGCUAUUGUUAAGGAUAAUACUAAGGGAUUUUCAAGUUAUAUUGCUGAUAUGCUGGUGAAGUGCAAAUUGCAGAAGAUCUUAUUGCAUUGUUUGUUGACAUCUGUAAGAACUUUCGAUGAAGAUAUGACUUUUGCUGAAGAGGUUCUGAUGUUCAACAACUUUUUAUUGUUUGACUCGAAUCAGAACGUUGGAGAACAUAUCGAAGCUUUCCAAAUACAGUUAUUGAGGUUAAUCCAAUCUCUGAUUGUCCUGGAAUUUAACGUUUUUCCAUCGUCAAAACCCAGCGGUCCUGCUUUGGAACAAAUAGCCACCGCUGUUGUUACGGAGCUAAAUUAUACGCCAACUAUGCUGACUCCCUAUCAGCAGAUCUUUUUGUCGGCCAUUAUGAGUGCCUUGCGUCAACAUAAUAUGAAGAAUCUGCAGGAGAAAUGGCUGAAUAUGGUCACAUCCUGCUUACCUUACUUUGGUGAAAAUCUCAAACAAAUAUCCAUCAGUGUUAUCCACCAGAUUUGUAAUAACAUUGAGGAUAUAGCAUCAAGUUAUAGGAACUGGCAAACAAGUGGUGAACUGUGCCCUGAUUAUGCGGUUACUCAGCUAGAAUCUCUUACAAUUCUUUGUCACUAUAGUUUGUUAGACUCCAGUCAGACAGUUAAUCAGAAAAAUGUACCUGAGUCCGGUUCUAAUCCAGUGUCGCACCCUAGCGAGAUAUUUAAUAAUCUUUUUAACGCUUUCUUUUCGCCAUCGGCCACAGAUGGUUUUCCCUCUGUGAAGCCAAAUGCUGAUCACUAUCAGAAUGCGAGAAAGACCAUACUUAGCCACAUGCCCAGGAUUAUUUCUAGUGUUGCUAAGUUGUGGCAAACUAUAGUUAGCCUAGAAGGUGACUUUAAUAGUGUGUACGGAAACUUGAAGAUUGUGAAACAGCAGCUCCUCGAAUUUCUUAGUCCUAUCGCAGUGCACCACAGUUGUAGCUUCUUGGCUGCUAUAGCUGUGGCUUGGUUUGAAAGGAGGAACGUAUUUUCAAAUGUCAAAACUGUUCUUCCUGAACCAAAUGCUGGUCAAAAUAACCUUGUGUACCUCAUUUCGGCAAUUAGGGUCAUACCCUUGGACAAUUUAGUACAAACUGUAACGGCUGUGAUAAAGAACCCUCCCACAACUGAAGGAUUGAGCUCGGACAUCUGUCUGGAUGUGUCUGUCCUAGAGUUGUUUUAUUGUUACAUGAGAAACGCUUCCACCUCUCAAUUGCUUGAAGCUUGGACUUCCCUAUUAACCCUUAUCAGAGAGGGCUGUGCGCUCAGCCCUUCGGCGCAGUUUCUAUUGGCUGCUCUUCUUCAUGAACUCAUGAUUAAGUGCUGCCCUCUGGAGGAUCGUAAAGAUCAGAAAGAUCUACAAGAUGUUACGAGCAAGUUGAUAGAGUCAGUAGCACAAAUAUGUGGGUCUUGUCUAGAGCAAACAACAUGGCUGCGUAGAAAUUUGGCUGUGAAAGAACAGGAUGAGGACCAUUCUCCUGACGUCAGUAUUAUCAACAGUGGUGCUACAGAGAAUAUGAUUGGAAGCAGCCACAGUGUUCAGGCUCAACUGCUUCUAGCGGAAAUUUUGUCGCCCAUCCUCGAUAUCUGCUUUGGAUCCUCCGAAAAGGAGAAGGUUAACACGAUCCUAACCUCUUUAAUGUACAACAUUGUACCUUACCUUAAGACUCACACCGUACGUAACAUGCCCAGCUAUCUGGCGUGCUCUAAACUGCUAGCCAGCCUAAGCAGUUAUCAGUACACGAGGAAAGCGUGGAAAAAGGAUGUAUUCGAUCUGUUGUUCGACAACGCCUUCUUUCAGGUGGAUCAUUCCUGUCUUAAGUACUGGAAGGUGAUAGUCGAUAAUUUGAUGACCCAUGAUAACAUUACUUUCAGGGAUCUAAUGAAUAGGGUUUCGAUGCCUCAAAGCGGCAGUUUGAGUUUAUUCACUUCCAGAGAGCAAGAGUAUGAACAGAAAGCUCAGCUGUUGAAACGAUUAGCAUAUGUAAUAUUCUGCAGUGAGAUAGACCAAUAUGCCAAAUAUAUGUCUGAUAUUCAAGAACAAUUGACUACUAGUCUGAGGUUGCCCUCUCCAAAUAUACAGGCACAGGUAUUCCUCUGUUUUAGGGUUAUAUUGAUAAGAAUGAGUCCUCUUCAUGUCACUUCUUUAUGGCCGAUCAUCAUAAGCGAAAUGCUACAGGUGUUUUUGCAGAUAGAACAAGAACUGUCAACGGAUACGGAAGAAUUCAGGACAAACAACAGUUCUCACAUAAAGUUAUUGUCGUCCCUUGAUGCCAGCUGGGCUAUAAACAGUAGUAAUGGGCUCCAUGCUCUUGGUCAUCCGCAUUGGCUGAGGUUACAACUGUCAACAGCUAAGUUACUGGACUUGACGUUGCUUCUUCCUGCCACUACUUUACCCCAGUUUCAGAUGUAUCGAUGGGCCUUUGUAGGCGAUGAUCUGGAUCGCAUUCAAAACUCCAAUGCGGUGUCUUUCACCCCGCAUGUAGUUCGAAUCGCAGAACAGAUGGACAAGAAAUACAACGCCACAGAUCAACUGGCGAUGAGGAGAAACGAGCUAUUGCUCACCAUGAACAGCAUCAGCCAAUUGCAAGACUUGCACGGAUUCUUCAAAACGCUAAGUCUGUGUUCCGACCGGCACAGAACAGACUGCGUAAGAACUUAUUCUUCCGAUACACCCUUGGCAGAUCGCCAGACCGAUAAAAAAUUAGAUGUCAUCCUGGAGAAAAUUGAUAAAGUAGUCGAAACAGAUUUUCUCGACAAAAUUCCUAGAUAAAUUGCCGCGUUUUUCCUAUAUACCUUUUUUCGUACAAAGUAUAGAUCAAAAGGAUUUAGCUCACCUAUUAAUAUUCACUAUUCCCAAUUUGGUGCAAAAUUAAAAUUCGAAUAUUAUUAUUACUUCUAAUCACUGAAAGUUUUUGAUCUAUUCUUUGUAUUAUAUAAAUGCUAAGUUUUAAUUUCUGUAAAGUUGCCCGAUUUUCCUUAUAUUUUUAUAAAAAUGAUAUAUCCUGUAAUUUGAAUUUUUAAAUCUAAAUUAUUUCGAUUUCACUUGUUAUUUUUGUAAAUAAUAGUUUUGUAUAGUUAUCGAGUGGUUCAGAAAAUAAUUAUAUUCCUCGAUAUGUCAAUUUUUUCUGAAUCUACAAGUAUUUUCAGGUUAUUGUGAUCUAUUCUCGAGAACAUGAGGAUUGAUUUUAUCAAGAUUAUGGUAAGAUUGUAGAACUAAUUUUUGAGAGAUGAUAUAAAACAACAUUCUUUAGAAUGUUUGGUAAAGGGUAGGGAAAAUACAGCAAUAAUGAACAGCAAUGUUCAAUUCUUUGGAGUUUGUAUUUUUUCUAAUAUUGUUAAUAUUUGGUUGUGAUUUUCAAUGAACUUUUGAUAAAUUUUAAGAAAAUUAUUUGAAUAUGUUUCAGUAAGCCUCGCUUAAGUUCAGUAAGGGGUGUAUAAUAGAACCAAUAAAUUUCGGUAUAAUUUUUUCAUCAAAAUUACUGGGUUUAUUCAAUUGAAAUGGACAUUUUGUAUACCAAUACAAAACUGAGAUAUCUUUAUUAUAAUUUUAACAGGUUAUUACAAAAAAUGACAACUUCAAAUAAAUUCAGUAGAAUAAUUCAGAUUAGUUCUUCAUGGGGUUCGUGCAGUAUUACACAAAGUGUUUAACUGGCAAGAUUUGUUAUAGUAAUCUUGGUAGAAUGUGCGUGAGUGGUCGAAGUGUUAAACCAUAUAGUAAACCUUGUUUUCAGGCAUUUAACAAAUGUGAUUUUACAAUGUGAUCUAACUAAAAAAAGUAGGCAAAUCUUGCCUUGUUUUUGAAAAUUUUCUGUUCAAAAUAUCUUUGUAGCAAGAUAUGAGAUUUGCUACCUUGAAAUAUGUUGAUAUAUCUUCUUAGAUAUAUACUGAAAUUUGUUAUUAAAAUUAUUUUUAUUGCC